ACAGCGAUCGCAUCGGAUUGCACGCCGUCGGGAGUACUGUGUUGCUUUCACACUUGUUUCCCGUGGAAUUCCUCCUAUGUUCUUUGUUAUUAAAUAAGUUUCGCGUGUGCUUGGAUGUGUGCCGUUUAGCCUCUUCAAAGUGAUUAGCAAGAAAUUGUUCAUUUUGACUCGAGCGUUGGAAAAGUGUUGAGCCGCCGCCGUCAUGUUUGAUGUGUUUGGCUCCGUGAAGGGGCUCCUGAAGCUCGACAGUGUCUGCAUUGACAACAAUGUCUUCCGUAUGCACUACAAAGGGACUGUUAUCAUCCUCAUUGCCUUCUCCCUUCUCGUCACGUCGCGCCAGUACAUCGGCGACCCCAUUGACUGCAUCGUGGACGAGAUCCCGCUCAAUGUGAUGGACACGUACUGCUGGAUCUACUCCACGUUCACGAUACCCAACCGGCUGACGGGGGUGGCCGGCAAGGACAUGGUGCAGCCGGGCGUGGCGAGUCACGUGGACGGCGAGGACGACGUGAAGUACCACAAGUACUACCAGUGGGUGUGCUUUGUGCUGUUCUUCCAGGCCAUCCUCUUCUACAUUCCGCGCUACCUGUGGAAGACCUGGGAGGGUGGUCGCAUCAAGAUGCUCGUGAUGGACCUCAAUGCGCCCAUCGUCAAUUUCGACUGCAAGGAGGAUCGCAAGAAGAUCCUCGUGGACUACUUCGCCGACAAUAUCAAUCGACACAACUUCUACGCGUAUCGCUUCUUCAUCUGCGAGUUCCUCAAUCUGGCCAACGUGUUCGGCCAGAUCUUCUUCAUGGACUUCUUCCUGGACGGCGAAUUCUCCACCUACGGCAGCGACGUGGUGCGCUUCACGGAGAUGGAGCCCGAGGAGCGGCGCGACCCAAUGGCGAGAGUGUUCCCCAAAGUCACCAAGUGCACCUUCCACAAGUACGGUCCAUCGGGGAGUGUACAGAAGUUCGACGGACUCUGCGUGCUGCCGCUGAACAUUGUGAAUGAGAAAAUCUACGUGUUCCUCUGGUUCUGGUUCAUCGGUCUCACUGUCCUCACUGCCCUCUCCGUGGCCUUCCGCAUCGCCGUGAUCUUCGUACCUAAGAUUAGGCUGUACCUGCUCAGGGCGCGCUCCAAGCUGUCGGCACACCAGGAUGUGGAGAACAUAUCAAAGAAGUGCCAAAUCGGUGACUGGUUUGUGCUCUACCAGCUCGGCAAAAAUAUCGAUCCACUCAUCUACAAGGAAGUCAUCUCCGACCUAGCACUUAAACUGGACGAAUCUCUAUUCGACGAGAGGCAUAAGAGAGAACUAAAGCUUGCAAGAGAGGGAAUUGAUUUUGAUUUGUAGGGAGGAUCUUUCUAAAAUAAAUAAAAUUAAUUUUAAUUUUAUUAAAUUAUAUAAUAUCUAAAAAGCAAGGAAGAAAAAAAAGACCACGAGAGUAACUAAAUUAUUAUUUAAAUUAUUUUUAUGUGUGACAGAUUCUGGUGAGAAAUGCUGCGACACGCUGUAUUUUUGGUUUUUUUUCUUCAAAAAUUCAAUUUAGGUCUUAUAUUUACUGAGAAAAAAAAGAAUUGUGUUCUUCAAACUGAAAGUAGAGCCAAUGUUGCAGCAUUUCUCGCACAAAUCUGUUUAUUUCACUGAGCGAAAAGACUCAUUCUCACUGGAAAUUGUGCAUUCUCAAUAUUUUUCUUUGGGGAACCUCUUAAUUCUUCUGUAUACGCCUAGGAUAUUAGUGAGAAUUGACCGUUACAUUCCAUUUUUCCCACGCGCAAGACAAUAAAUGGAAAUUUAUCGUAGAAUUUCGUACAAGUGGUAUACAUGAAUUUAGGUAGGAAACGACGAUACAGAAUGGAAGAUUCACACACAAUAGGAGAGUUUUGGUUGGCAGUUGAAGAAUAGAGAGAAACAGACAAAAAGUACAAAAAUUGAAAAAAAUGUUUAUGCAAACACAAUUCGGAAAAAAAGAAACAAUCAAGAGACUUCAUUUGAAUGCGACUUUUUUCCCUAUAAAGGUGAACCUUUUUUUAUUUUUGCUUCAUUCGAGAAGUUCAUAGACCGAAAUAAAAUUGUGAUUUUUGAGUGAUGAUGAAAUCUGUGCCUUCUGCCCUCCGAAACGUGCACAUUGUGAAGAUCACCAUUGAGAAUAAUUAACAGGCGUUUUUUCUGGAGACAUUAUUGAAAAGGAUAAAUAAAAAAACAGACGUGAAAACCCAUUUUCGAAUACUAGCUUAUAAGAUUUCUAAUAUCUUUGCGUUUGUGUAUUUUUAUUUUCGAGAAAAAUGAUAUCAACACAAAACAAGUCAUUUUGCACAUUUUGUCUUUAUCUAAAAUACUUUCUCACUGUUUUAAGUGCAAAAGUCAACACCUUUCUACGGAUGUUGAGUCACCUUUUAUAACUUCCUUCCAUUUAUUACCUUUAAUACAAGAAAAAAUGAGAAAAUUAUAUAAUGAAGAGAAAUCAAUAUAGAUAAAUAUUUUUGCCAUAAUUAAACAUACAUUAUACAUAGUUUGUAUAGAUUUUAUUUACACUUUACUGUAUGACGUGGAGAAUGAAGAAAAAAAAAUGAAAGUCUAAUUUUGCGAAAAAAAACGGGGCAAAUUCUGAAAGAUAAAAGUACAUUUAUUCCUACUUAGAGAGAUUUUUGUUGUCUUUGUUGUUGUUCGUCUUGAUAACAGGAGAGACAAGAGAUAAUCUUCGAAAUUUAUCACAUUCUACGUUUGACACUGUUCCAAAAGUGAAAAGACACAUUUUUUACUGGUACAAAAACACAUUUUCUCUCGGGAAGCAUUGAAAGUUUGCUGUAUUCUUGGAGGUGGUAAAAUUAAAUGCAACCACUGAGAACAAACGCACUCUCUCAUGAACUUAAAUGAAGCGAAAUUGAGUCAAUUAGCACAAGAGAGAGGGAGAGAGAUCGAGAAAAUGGCAAAAGAAUGAGAAAAGAAUACUCAAAGUGCAAUUAAUCACAUAUCUUUCAAUGACCCACAUUUUGGGGACAGAUAUUGAGGCAUAUUUUCUUCUUCCAUACUUGGAUAGAGUGUCAAAACGGACUGAAUGAAAUGGAAUUUUUCUCAAAUUGAAAAAAAAAUUAUAUGAAACUGUAAAAGACGAUGAGCUACUGAAAAAGUGUUUAAGACGAUAUAGUGAAAAGAUGAAAUGAAGUAAAGAGUUGUGAUCGUAGAAAUAUCUUUUUUUUUAAUAUUUGUUAAGACAUUAAACUAGUGUAUUUUCUAAGGAUAAACUAUUUUUCUAUAUACACACAUCUUUUUUAUUGUAUAAGUGUGAAGAAGCGACGGAGCGAAAAUUGUGUAUUUUAUUAGCCAGGAGAACACUAAACCCAUAAAGAUUGUAAUAGUGAGUAAAAAUUCUUGUUUUAAAGCCCAAGAAUUUGUGGUGUCAGAUUGGAUUGUCCAUUUAAACAUAUUUCUACUGUCUUUCAUUCUUUUCCCCCCUUUUACAUGGCUAAUUAAUUAAUAAAUCGACGAAGGAAGGAAGCGAGAGAGUAACAUUUUUUAUGAUAAUCAUUGAAUAUUCUUACACAUUUUUACAUUUAGUGAGAUGAAUGAAAUAAAAGACCUCGAAAUUGAA